GUCCUGACAGUUGCUCCCUGUUGGGUGGAGAGCAGCUCUAGAGGAAGCUUGUCAGCAGCUCUCGGCCUCAGACCCGGUAGGGCCUGGAGUCUGCAGAUGGAGGAGACCUGGCCUCAUUCCAGCCCCUCUGGGUUAUGUGGUGCCAGUUGGCUGGAACCUACUUCAGGCUUCACGGGUGCAUGGUUCCUGUCCAGGAAGUAGAGCACAGGCAGGAGUCGGACUGGUAAGAAACCCAGGCUAGGCUCUCAGUCAGAGACCAGUCUCAGACUGGUUUUGAGGGUCACAGCCAAGGUUGACUUCCCUCACUAAAGGACUGGUGAGUGCCUUGGGGGAGGGGUGAGAGUAGAUCUGUGGAAGCUGGGGCAGUGGGCAAGAAAAACUCAGACUCAAACCUGAAGUGAAGUUACCAUGCGGCAAUGGAGGAGGAAAGAGUGGGUCAGAUAGCAUAGAUAAGCAAAGUGGCAGGCCAUUGAGCCAUUGGUUACAAGCAGGGUGACCAAGGACACGGCAAGCAACCAUUUACCUGAAAAUGGUUAGACUGGUAGCCAGACCUGCCUGACUGCCCCCGAGCCGCCAAGAGUCACCUGAAGCUGCUGUGCCUGAAGUUGAAGGUGGUCCUGUGGUUUGGCAGAGGCAAAAUGGGAGACAUGGCUGACUGAUAGGUGGUCAGUAGGCAUAUGUGAUCAGAUGGAUGGUGUAAGGGUGUGGUUAGUCUUUAGGGACUGAAUCAGGGACAGCUUCAGGGAGCUGUGGAUGUUUACAGACCUACCCCGAGGGCUUUGGGUAGCCAUAUAAUCACAGGACCCCAGAUGGUCAAUCUCCAAAAGCAAUCUAGACCCUCCAGGACCUGGCCUCUUGAGGCCUUGUGUGGCUCCAAUGGCAGCCUCCCAGCUGGCCGCACUGGAAGGAGAGGAGUUGGGGGCUGUCGAGCCAGCCCCGAUCAAGGCCUGCCCUGCCUCCUUGUACUCGGAGGGCCAGAGGCUAGCCCUUGAAGCACUGCUGAGCAGUGGUGAGGAGGCUUUCUGGGCCUGCGUGCAGCAGGAGAGGCUGCCCCCGUUUCUGAGUGCAGAUGAGGCUCAGACCCUGGCUACAACUGCUGAAGACUGGAUAGUACCAAGUCAGGAGCCUGGUGCAGCAGGCACAGGGGCAGGCAUCGCUGAUGGGGACUUUGGCAGCCUGACCUACUGGCCUAGACAGUCUGAGGAGCCCGCACCCUCGCUGCGGCUGGGCUGGCCUGAAGACACUACCUGGAAGGGAAUCACCAGAGCGCAACUCUACACCCAGCCACCAGGCGAGGGCCAGCCACCAAUUAAAGAGUUGGUACGCCAGGAAAUCCAGGCUGCUCGCAAGCUGGUGGCCGUAGUCAUGGACAUCUUCACCGACCCCGACCUGCUCAGAGACAUGGUGGAUGCUGCUACCCGCCGAUGGAUUCCUGUCUACUUACUGCUUGACCACCAGCAUCUGCCAGCCUUCCUGGCACUAGCCCAGCAGUUAGGGGUGAACCUGUGGACCACUGAGAACCUGGAUAUCCGGACCGUACAGGGCCACACCUUCCAGAGCCGAAGGCGACGGCAGGUGAGCGGCCAUGUGCGGGAGAAGUUCCUGCUGCUGGACGGUGACAGGGUCAUCUCGGGAUCCUACAGCUUCACAUGGAGUGACUCACGCCUGCAUCGGGGCCUGGUGACCCUGCUCACAGGAGAAAUUGCAGAUGCCUUCAGCCAGGAGUUCCGAGUUCUGUACGCAGCCUCCAGACCGCUCCCACCAGCACCAGCUCGAAGCCCUUUGUUCAGUCCUCCUGAGGGCCCACAGUUGCCCCGAAGCCCACACCGUGUGGCCCUACGCUGUCCUGUGGCCCCUGUGGCCCCUGUGGCCCCAUUGUUGUCUGACGGGCCUUUGGCUCACCGCCUGGCUGCCUGUCACAUCCUUGAAAGGGACAGACGGGAGAUCCCCACCACCACAGGGCCAGCUCUCAGUGACAUCUUGAGGAGUGUACAGCGCACCAGGACUGCCAGUGGUCCCCCAACCCGACCCAGCCGCUCCUUAUGGGACCUCAGCCGCCUGUCACAGCUCUCUGGAUCCAGUGAUGGUGAAAAUGAGCCCAAGAAGUCUUGGGGCUCCAAGGACACUCCAGCCAGGGCCCUGAUGAGGCAGCGGGGCACUGGAGGUGGGCCCAGAGCUGAGAUGGAUCUCCGAUCACAGCCCUGGGUUGGUCCCCUACCGAUUCCAGCCCAACGCCGCCUGCGUUAUCUAUCCCCAGCCCAAAGGAGACUGGGAGACAAUGCCACCACAUCAGACUGGGCCUCUGACUCAGGUUCUGGAAGGCGACGCUGACAGGAACCCUGGCCAGAUGUGGCUGGCCAGCCAUGGGUCAGUGUACAGCCCCAACCAGAUGCUGGCUGUGUCUACGGCCUCUAGUCUAGGAUCUUGGCAGCAGAAGGGAUUGGCCUUUAUUGCUCUAGAAUUGGGUGAGCUCAUCAGAACUAAGGGCUCAGUGUUAGCAUCUGGACAAUGGGCAGAGAGUUUCAGAGCAGCAGACAAGAUUGAUGCAAAGACAGGCACAGCUGCCUCACCAAGUAUUGUGUAAAGACAUAGUGUGGGGCAAGCCCACGACAGAGAAGACAUAGAUAAAGUGAGUCCAGGAGAGGAGAAUUAUGGGAAUGGAGGCUAAGAGGGGAUAUGGGCAAAGCUGAAAAAAAAAAAAGGUCUGCAAAGUCCUGGGGACACUGGAAUAUGUCUGGAGUUUUCUGUGGGAGCUAAGGGAGGACCUCAGAGUGCUUUCCUGUAUUUCUGCUCAGAUUAAACUCCAAGAGCACAGA